CUCGCGAGAGAAGACGAGACGAGAAUGCAAACACUAGCUAUAGCGCUAGCUAGUUUUGUUCUUCGCGUUUGAAAUUUAUUCUCGUUUUUUAUGGUCACGAUGUCUGGCGGAGCAGACUUCGGGUUUCCAGGGACAAGCCAAGCCAGCUCGGGGACGUUUGCGCACCGGAAAAAAGACGGCAGCCCGUCCGCUAGGUUCUGGGAGAGUGUCGACACUUUAGCCCAGCUGGAGCUGGUGCGACAGUGGCUUGGGAAGCAUUACAAAAAGUAUUUGUUGGUGGAUGCCCCAUCUUGCCAGGCUCUGGCUGCACUUACCUUGCAACUUCUUCAGUUUCAAGAAGAUGUCUUUGGCAGACAUGCUAACAAUCCUGCACUUACAAAACUACCUGCACACUGCUUUAUGGACUUGCGACCAGGCGGUGGACUCUGCCACGUCCUCGGGACUGCUUACAAGUUCAAGGUUGAGCAGGGCUGGCGAAGAUUUGACUUACAGAAUCCUUCGAGAACUGAGAGGAAUGUGGAGAUGUUUAGUGCAAUUGAAAAAACUCUGCUCCAGAACAAUAUCAUGCCUCUGCCUGUAGUAUAUCUCGACUCGACUGUUGAUCCUGAGCUGUUCAGCAGACUAACUGGCAUCAUCAUCAAACACAAGGGUGCCGUCACCGAGGACAGAACAGUUGCCACUCAUCAUGUCUACGUCGCACUUGCUUCUUCAGAGGAUGAGUGGAUGCGCCCUGUUUUGCAAAAAGACAAGCACGUCCUGGUACACUGGGGAAUGCACCCUGACAGUUAUGACAGCUGGUUGUCCUCGAGUGAUGUCGAAGGAGAGAUUGAAGAAUUGCCACACACAGAAAAACCGUGGAGGGUUCAUGCUGGUUGGGUUCUAGACACAGACGUCUUUAAUGAGUGGAUGAAUGAAGAAGACUAUUGUGUGAAUGAGAGGAACGUGCCCGUCAUCCUCCGCCGACGAAUUCAGCUCCACGAAGAACUGGACCCAAAGUCCACACCUGCCAAAAAAAGAAGACACUCUCCUUCUCCUUCCACAGAAGGCAGAAAGAAAGGAAAGAAGGGGAGAAGACACGGGCAACAGAAUGAAGAACCAGAGGAGGAUCUGACCAAAGACAUGGAGGAUCCUACGCCUGUGCCUAACAUGGAAGAAGUCGUACUACCCAAGAAUGUGAACCUGAAGAAAGACAGUGAGAAUACUCCAGUAAAAGGAGGAAUCAUGGCUGAUCUCGAUGAUCAGGAAGACGACUUUCCAGGAAGGGAAGAUGAGGAGGGUCGAGGAGAGGGCUCCCGCCUGUCAGAGGGAGAGGACAGCAUCCCAGAGCAAACUCAUCACAUUAUAAUCCCAAGUUAUACAUCCUGGUUCAACUACAACAGCAUUCACUCAAUAGAGAAACGUGCUUUGCCUGAAUUCUUCAAUGGGAAGAACAAGUCGAAAUCUCCUGAAAUCUACCUGGCGUAUCGUAACUUCAUGAUCGACACGUACCGGCUCAAUCCGCAGGAAUAUCUCAGCUCGACUUCGUGCCGGCGCAACCUGACAGGAGACGUCUGCGCUCUCAUAAGGGUUCAUGCACUUUUGGAGCAGUGGGGUUUAAUCAACUACCAAGUCGAUGCAGAAAGUAGACCCCUCCCUAUGGGACCGCCCCCCACGCCUCAUUUCAACGUGCUGGCAGACACGCCGUCUGGGCUGGCUCCCCUGCAGCACAAACCUCUACAGGUGUCCGCCUCACAGCACAUGUUGUACUUCCCGGAGAGAGGCAGGGAGAAGCCGUCAGACUGCCAGAACUUUGGUCUGCGCACGGACGUUUACGCCAGAAAACACCCGAAGACUAAAGGAGCAAAUGCAGGACGAGAAUGGACAGAACAGGAGACACUUUUACUAUUAGAGGCCUUAGAGGUCUACAGAGACGACUGGAACAAAGUGUCAGAGCACGUCGGCUCCAGAACGCAGGACGAGUGUAUCCUCCACUUCCUGCGCCUGCCGAUAGAAGACCCUUACUUGGAGGACUCAUCGGCCUCUCUGGGCCCGCUUGCGUAUCAGCCCGUGCCUUUCAGCCAAUCGGAAAACCCCGUGAUGAGCACCGUGGCCUUCCUGGCGUCUGUGGUGGAUCCACGGGUGGCAUCAGCUGCAGCUAAAGCCGCGUUGGAGGAGUUCUCCAAAGUGCAGGAGGAAUCGCUGGACAAACCCUCUGAAGCGUCCAACCAGCUAGAAAAAACAGAUGCGAUGGAAGCAGACAAACUGGAUUCACAUCAGGUUCCUGUGAGGGUGGAUGGAGUCAAAAUAGAACCGGGCGUUUCGAAAAUGGAAGAAGAUCGAGUUAAAAGAGAAAAUGCAGAAAACAUGCUGGAAGAGGAAAGAGAUGUUGGAGGAGAUGACGAUGAGAGCAGACGAGACGGAGAAGGGGAUGAUGGGAGGAGAGUGAUGGAGAUGGACCUGGUGGAGGCCAGCGUUUCCACGGCAGCAGCAUCCGCUCUGUCCUCUGCAGCCUCAAAGGCAAAGCAUUUAGCAGCAGUAGAAGAGAGGAAGAUCAAAUCCCUGGUGGCUCUGCUGGUGGAGACCCAGAUGAAGAAAUUAGAGAUCAAACUGAGACACUUUGAAGAACUGGAGACCAUCAUGGACCGAGAGAAAGAAGCUUUGGAGCAGCAGCGGCAGCAACUGCUGGCAGAGAGGCAGACGUUUCACACGGAGCAGCUGAAGCAGGCAGAGAUGAAGGUUCRCCAGCAGAGGGAGCAGCAGGGCCAGCUGGGUUACAGCACGCAGCAUUCAGGUCAGUCCGUGCCCAACAGAAUGAUGCCCGGCGGAGGAAACGCCCAAACGAUGGCCCCGCGACAUCCUGGAGCUCCCAACGGAAUGUACCCGUCCUCACAGCCCGAUGGGAUAGCCUCUGCUCAGACCGCUCCUCCAUCGUCCAGUCACAGCUGAAGCCACAUCCAGAACAAGACAGGAAAARGGAAACACAUCUGCCUAAAGGACAAAUUCUUCACUCAAGAGUUCAGGAACAACUGCUUCAAACUGGACUCACUCUUCAGUCGUCACUUGAACGUAAACACAGUUGAUGUGUUUGCUCAGCAGCUGAGUUCGUCUUGAAUCUGUGAAUUGAUGCUCUGAUGUCAAGAAACAAGGAAUGUGAACUUUACUCAAUAAAGUGUCUUUUUGUAUGAAUCUGAAAA